AUGUUCGGGGCCUUCAGAUUCACAAACCCAUUAAGCAGCGGCCUGCUAUGGAAGACCCCCUGGCGGCUGUCCAAGUUCCAGAAGCGGCGGCAGCGGCUCCGCCUCCGGGCGGUCGACUCGGUGGUGGCGACGCUCGACAGCGCGCUGGCAAAGAAGGGCGAGACCACCAAGUCGGUGGAGCGGUGGAAGGCUGAGAUGCCCAAGGAGGAGGAGAUGCGGGCCAAGGACAAGUACACCAUCUUCGACCGCAAGGAGAAGAGGUACCGGAAGGGGAUACACAAGUUGCCCAAGUGGACGAGAGUAUCUCAGCGGCUCAAUCCUCCUGGAUACUAG